UCGAUGUUCCGUUCAUGGUAUAUGCUGCUGGUUUAUAGUAAACAUGAAUGUUGAGAGCACAAAUUAUAUGUCCAUUGAGUUUCUCAUUUGGUUGCUCUAAUUUUGAGACGGAAGAAGUUGCGUAGCUUGCUUUUCGAUGGUUCAUAAGACAGUUCUGAAGGUUGAUAUUUCUGAUGAAAGAUGGAAGAAGAAGAUCCUCAAAGCAGUGUCAGGAAUACCAGGUGUGGACAUAGUCGAAGCUGAUGUAGCCAAAGGAAUUUUAACGGUAACGGGGGCAGCAGAUCCGUACGAAAUCAUACGUAAAACAAGAAAAACCGGCAAGUGUGUUGAAGUAGUCAGUAUUGGGCCUCCAGCUGCUCCUCCGAAACCAACAGAUCAAAAGAAGCCAGAAGAAAAGAAAGCCCAGCCAGAGAAAAAGCCCCCAGAGAAGAAGCAAGAUGAGAAAAAGCCUGAUCAAAAAGGCCAAGCCCAGAACCAGCCUCAGCUACAACUACAGCCUUACUUUCCCCAGCCAUACAUAGGCAACAAUUACCCACCACAGUAUAUGGGCCCGAAUUACCCCACAUGUGACAGAGUGGCUGUUGUAUAUAUAGGCCGGCAUGAUGAGCCCAGUCCAGCAUGCAGUAUCAUGUAAACUUUUUUUUAUCUUAUUAAACAUUUAAUAUGUA